AUGUUACAGGAGGCUUCUAUAGAACUAGUUACCAGAUUUAUUCUUGCUCAGUUUCCGCAGGUCAACUGCGAAAAUCUCGAUUACAACUCGCAUCUUGGAACAUCAAUAUCUAAUUUCCUCCGUCUUAGGUCGAAUUAUGAUGAGGUUGCACAACUUGCGCAAUCCCUUACAGGAACCACAGAGCCCAUAAAGAGACUUAAGAAGAUUUUAGAAACAUGCACGAAAGUCGGUUCUUCAAAUGUUAAGGAUCCACUUCCAGGCAAAAAGACACGUCCGUGGACUCAAAUGGAAGACAAUCGUCUUAUUGCUGGAAUUCUCAAAUAUGGAAUUGACGCUUGGUCAUCUAUUUCUGACUUUGUUGGAAACGGACGUUCUCGCCCACAAUGCGCACAAAGAUGGGCCAGAGCACUCGAUCCAAAGAUCUCCAAGGAUGACUGGGCGGAAGAAGAAAACGAAAAAUUACUUAAAUUAAUUGAAAAAUACGGCGAAAAGAAAUGGACACAAAUUUCACUCGAAAUGGGUAAUCGCACAGAUGUCCAAUGCAGAUACAGAUACAAGCAGCUCAAGAGAAAAACGGUAGGGUCUAUUAAACUCAGCCGCCAAUCUGAGCCGGCUGUAUCUAAAUCUGAAUUAUUGGCAUCAUGGAAUUUUGUCCCAACAGCAACAUUUUUUGGCCAUGCAGCUGAAACACAGAAUUUGUCGCCCAUAUCUUUUCCCUCGGAGAAACCCCCGAUAAUUGAUAUGGCUCCAACAAACUCUGUUCAGAUGAAUGCACGCUUCGCAUUUGGUGAUAUUACUCCCGAAAACUUCUUCGAUUUUGAAGAAAGCGAGUUCUCUUCGCCUUUCGAAGCUGGUAUUUUUACUGUAUACUAA